CCCUCAUCCCUUGACAUUUCUCUCGGCUCGAUCCGAACAUGAACGUGAUGUGAUGUAAACAAAAUUUUCAAUUUGUUCCGUGCGCCAGAUUUGAUCUGGGCUUAAUUUUAAGUUAUAACUUAGAUUACCGCAAUAAACCAAGUAAAGAUGCAUUCUGUCCUGCGGCUUCGAACGGCGUUCCGCUCUACGAUAGCCAAGAAUAUCUGUACCAGCCACGUUAGGCAAUCGACAUACGAGGGCGACGGCAAAACAUCGGUCUCUAUUCUGAACCGGGAAGCGGAUGCUGGAUUGCUCAUAAACUCAUUCAGCCAAGUUGGCUUCCGGUUAAGCAACGAUAUGAAGGUGAUCGGACCGAUGGCAAUUUUCCCCCGGUCCGUCCUGUCGUGGAAUGUGGAAAGUCACGAGGACAUCACCGAGGAAAGUUUGAGCCUUUUUACCGCGCUGGAACCGAAGAUCGAUAUUCUGGUCAUUGGUAUCGGGGAUCAACAGACGACACCGGCGUUCACUAAGAAAAUCAUCGAAUUCAUGAAGAAAUACCGGAUUAAUGUGGAGGUGCUCAACACGGAACAAGCGUGCGCUACCUUCAAUUUUCUAAAUGCGGAGAGCCGUGUUGUGGCAGCGGCGCUGAUUCCUCCGGUUUCGUUGCGUUUCAAUGAAGAUGACUUGAUGCGGACGCACAUUGCUUCCAGUAGGCCUUUCGAAUUGGACGAAAAGUAGAACGGUAAAUUGACUUAGCCUUUGUACAUUAUAAAUAGGAGAAUGUUAUAAACUAAAACUGAAUGCUAAAAA